AUGGACGUCAAUAAGACGUCUUCUACUGAUUCGCUUGAAAAGCUUUAUGCUGAAAUAGCACAAAAGACAGCAGCGGCAAUAACUGCUGAAGGACGACCACUGUCUGGUAAUAAUGGAUUAUCUAUCCAACGUUCUCUUCCACAAUUACCACGCUAUCAACCACCACCACCUCCUUCACCACCAAUGGAACGAUACAUGGUGUGUCGAAUGUUUUUUCCCACAUCGGGUCAUAUGGGAUUUGAUACAAUUAAAUUAUCCGGUGAAUUACCUCCUAUUGAAAUAAUUCGCGAAAUGAUUCUUUAUGAAACAUAUCUUCGUUUGUCUGAUUCAAUUCAAAAAAUUAUGGAUGAAUAUCAUACUGAUGAAUGUGCUGUUACUUAUAUACAUAAUCUUAUUCAACAACAUGUUGUAGAAUAUUUCGGAUAUCGAGAUGUUAAUGCAUUACGUACAGCUCUAUAUCGUUUUCCAGAUGAUCCUAUUGUUCAAGCAGCUUUUUAUGUUAAAUACAAUAAAAUUUCACAAGGUGUAGUCCAACAAGGUCAAUGUACUAGAGAUGUCAAUUUGUAUACAAUAGAUGGUCAACCAACAAAUCUCUUUUCUCAAAUUUCAGCUGGCCAACCAUUAAUAAUAUUGGCUGGUUCAACAACUUGA